UGAAAGAUCUACAGGCAUUUUAAAUUGAUUGAAAGGAUAAAGCAAAAGCUCGAAAAUGUCAAAUCUAUCGAUAAUAAGAUAUAAUAAUAUGUUUUAAAGGUCUAGCUCCGGUGACUCCGAGGAGAAUCGGUCACCCGUAUCAGAACAGGACGCCUCCAAAGAGAAAAAAGCCAAGAACGUCCUUCACCAGGAUGCAGAUCUGUGAAUUAGAGAAGAGAUUCCAUAAACAGAAAUAUUUAGCUUCUGCCGAAAGGGCGGCCCUUGCUAAACAAUUAAAAAUGACAGACGCUCAAGUCAAGACUUGGUUCCAAAAUAGGAGGACUAAAUGGAGGAGGCAGACUGCAGAAGAAAGAGAAGCAGAAAGGCAAGCGGCUAAUAGGCUAAUGAUGUCACUUCAAGCAGAAGUGGUUUCCAAGACUCUGUAUGAAAGUGUGCGAGAUCCUUUGUGUAUCAAUAAUGCAUCGUUGCACGCCCUUCAGAACUUGCAACCUUGGGCCGACGGAACAGGAGGCCCUUCCAAUACGUCACCUUCUUCACGUCACCACCCACCCGGAGAAAGACCCACCUAUCUCUCACCACCCACUCUGGCCUCCCCUAUUUGCUGAAACCAAUUGUAAAUAGGCUUCCGGCCUAAAGGCCCAUAGGCCUUUCGAGUUUUUAGUUGUCUCGUGUUGUGCUGUACAUAGUUAUUUUAUAAAAACAAGACUGGAAGAAUCCAACCAGUGAUUGGACAUAACGGAAUCACGUGACCAUCAGCAAACGGCGGAAUGGUCGAUGUGAUUUUUCACAGUGAGAAGGAAGGUUUUACCAGUUUGUAGACGAAUUAGAUGAUUGUGUGUGAAUAAAUGUAUUGCA